AUGAAGUACAAUCCGAGAGUCUCCUCAUCCCGGCGCAAGAACCGGAAGGCCCACUUCACGGCGCCGUCGUCGGUCCGCCGGAUCCUGAUGAGCGCGCCGCUCUCCACCGACCUCCGCCAGAAGUACUCCGCCAGGUCGAUGCCGGUGCGCAAGGACGACGAGGUCCAGGUGGUCCGCGGCACCUACAAGGGGCGCGAGGGGAAGGUUGUUCAGGUGUACCGCAAGAAGUGGGUGAUCCACAUCGAGCGCAUCACCAGGGAGAAGGUGAACGGGUCGACGGUGAACGUCGGCGUCCACCCGUCGAAGGUCGUGAUCACCAAGCUGAGGCUCGACAAGGACAGGAAGUCGCUGCUGGACCGCAAGGCGAAGGGCCGCGCCGCCGCGGAUAAGGACAAGGGGACCAAGUUCACCGCCGACGAUAUCAUGCAGAACGUCGAUUGA